AUGGCGUCCAAGCGAGUAUUGCCAGUUGGGUUGCAAUCGGCUCUUCCUGUAGGCCUUUCAGCAGCGAUGAGGGAAGAUAAAAAAAACACCAGACCAACAAAUGUUCAACAGUUAAACGAAAUUUCCAUAACUGCACAAGGAUUACAAACGGUUGAAGAAAUUAUUAGCAAAGCGACCUAUUUGUUUCGAUGUUUGCAAGAAAAGAACAUGGUUGUGGACGACAAGUCUAAACAAGAAGCGCGGAAUAACAACAAAAAAGUACAAGAUACGUUGAAUAGUUUGAAGGAGCUGUUCUCUCGCCUGAGGGUUUUCUACGAUGAGAGUAACAGAAGGAUAGAAAUCCCUAAUGGGGAAGAUUUGGAGGCGAGUUGUUUUUGUGUUGUUGAUGUUGUUGCUUUGUUCUGGUAGUUCUCUUUCGCUAUUUACUAAUGUUGGCUUUUUGUUUGAAAAAAAGACUGCAAUUAUUAAUAAGUCUGAUGGUUGUUUGUAUUGUAGGCGUUCAUACUUGCAGCGUUAUUACUGAUCAAGUUUAAAAAAAGAGAAAGAGCUUUCUCAAUUCUGUCUUUGUAUUCAAUGAUAUGAGGUAACUGGUUGUCCUGCUACUUCCCCUAUAUCCUUGAUAAAAUGAUGUCCUAUUCUUUGUCAGUUGGCUUGUUAUUAUUUACACCACUGGGUGUGAGAUUGAUGGUAAACUAAGCAAUAUGAUGUGAAUAUGCACAAGGGCAGUAAAAAAUUCUCAACUCUCUCAUUUAAAAGUGCAUGGCAUAAUGAUUUUUCCUCUAGGCUCUGAUUCCCUUGAGAACUUCAGAGGAAGAUUCUGACAUGGACACAUCCAAUGAUUCAACGGCACUUGGAAUUGAGCAUGAUACCCUUCAAGAGGUAAUUUCAUCUUUUGAACCCUAGGAGUGACUUAUCAUCAGCUUCUAUUUCUAUUUUCAAUAUUGCCCCUAAAUCAAACAUUAACCCUUUAACUCCCAUGAGUUACCAAGAUAGAAUUUCUCCUUACAUUAUCAAUACAAAAUCAAAAAGACAAGUGAUGAGAACCAAGAAAAAUAUCAAUUAGGGGAAUAUUAAUAGAUCCAAUACCAAAUUCUCAGAAGUAACAUCUGAAGAAUUGUAUAGUAGACAGGAAGGAGAAAUACUAAUGUGAUCUUGGGAGUUAAAGGGUUAAGGUCAUUUAAAUAGAGGAAAUGAUGACCACCUAAAGAAGCUCUUGAUUGAAGAUGAAAGUGAUCUUUGCAGUAAUGAACACUACUUAAGUGGAGAUGAAAAUAAAGCCAGAAAAAAACUCAGGCCUGUAUAGGAGUUGAACACAUGACCCCUGCAAUAUGAAAGCAUGAAAAAUAAAAAGGAUGAGUCCAAUAGAUCGCAAGUGAGAACCAAUCAGAAUGUGUGCAUAACUGUGCUUAUUAUAUAAUAGCUGAUAUACCUUAAACAUUCAGCCUGUGUUUUGACAGGGGUGGGUUUUUGUGUUCUAUGGUUUCAAGUAGGUAGACCUGCUAAGUACAGAGACAUAAGUUUACUGGGUAUACAGAUUUACGUAAAACAGCAGUAUCCACCUACAAAAUUAAUGAAAACUUCUCUCUCCCAGUUUUUUUGAGUGGUACUGAUAGUUUUUUUCCAACUUGAAACAAUAAGUUGGGAGAGGGAAACCAGGCUCACUGCAUAACAUUUAUUGGCCAAUCACAAUAUUUAUCCAAAGAAACACAGUUGUGGGAAAAGUGUCAUCGUCCUUAACAUAGCUUUACUGGUUAUUGGCAUUAUUUGGAAUGUUGACAUACAGUGUAAUAAUUGCACUCACAGAUUUUGGUCUUGAUUCUUCUUCAACAGAAACUGAGAAGCAAGAACCAGGAAAUAAAAGAACUUAUAGAUAAGCUGAGAACUUUGAUAUGGGAUAUCAACACCAUGAUGGCUUUAAAACCAAGCUAAAACAUCAGUUGUGCUUUAUUUGUACAAAGAAAUAGCAGCCAAUGUCCAACCAAACCCUUUCCUUCCCCAAGAUACUGAUUUUUAAUUCUCAUCAAUGUCUGCCAUACAUUUCUGAAAAUCUUACUUUUGCGAAUAUGGUGUUUAUUAAAGCACUAUCCCUUUAGUUGAUAUUUUUCAAUCUUCUCACCACCUGACUGCUUGCUAGUCCACCAAUAUUAUAAGGAGAAAUGUAUUUUUGGUCAUUCAAAGAGUGAAAGGGGUUACCUAUGCACUUUCAGACUUCUAAAGGAAACUUGAACAUAUCAUUACCUGCAAGGAGCAUUUGAAUUUGAAAAUAAAUGGAAACCUUUAGGCAGGGUUUGCAAUGAGAAAUGUAACAGUUAAAGAAUAGUGUAAAGUAACUGGAAAAAAUCCACCAUAUUGGACUAAAACAACAAUCAAGCCAUUAACUUUGCAUUAAAGAAUUGUUCUUUGGAGUAUGAUAUGUAGACAUGUACUUCUUUAUGAAACAUGUUACCUUUCUGGGUAUAACUCUGCCA